CCGGAGACCUCCCUUUUGUUGUGACAACAACGCAAACCACUAACGCAACAGUCACAACAGCAAAUAUGUCUACAACAGCCCCAAUCCCAGACACUACAGCUAAGGUUACAUUUAUGUUCUAUGAAGUAAGGGGCCUAAAUUUUACGAUGGACAUCGAAUAUCAAGACUCAUUCAAUGAUUAUUCCAAUGAUGUAUACAAAGAUGUCUAUAACACUAUUAUCUCAAACUGUAGGAAGCACUUCAAUGAUUGUUUUGUACGAGAACUCAUAUUCACAGCUGGAAGCACGAUCGUGGAGUAUUGGAUAGGUUCUUAUGUGAUGGAUGAUUUGAAACUUCCAAAUAUAGAAACUGACGUAAACAUUGAUAUGUCCUCAAAAUACCCCAUCAUUUUUGACAGUAACCAGCAGUUACAGGGCACUUCUGUUGGAGAUUUGUUUCCUGGAAGGAGGGUGACAAUAACAUGUGGCCCUCCACCACCUGAUCUUAAAUUUGGUUCUGACUUGAAAGCUGACUGGAAACUAGAUGGAGCCCUCAUAAGUAACACUGCACAGUAUACCAUUUCUACAAAGGGUGAAUUCUCCUACCUAACUGCAUCAUUUAAUAAAGCUGCUGAAGCUUUAAAAUGCAAGAGUGACAUAUUUGGCGAUGGAUAUCCAGGAUUUAUUGCAAAAGCAGAUUGUGGAGAAGGGAAAAUUGGAGAAAUAACUGCAGAGUGUUUGGCUAGUGGCUUAUACGGGAAUAUACAAGACAACUGCGUUCUUAAAGAAGUUCAAGAACUGUUUCUUCAGUCUGAGGAACUGACCAGCACUCUUCUGCCAACAUUUGUGAAAAAACUUGGUGAGGUCACCGUCAGCUCUUCAAGCAAAGUGACUCAGUCUCCUGCCACCAUUGUCAAAAUUGUUAAUAUACUGGAAAAUGUAGCAACAUCAGCUAAUGUGUCUGUUAAUGAAACUUCCAUGAAAGAUGUCCUGUUAACCGCAGAUGUUCUCACCAGAAAAGAUGCAAGCUUGUCUUGGAAUACAAUAAACAAUAACAACGUCAGCUUAAAUGAAACCAGCAAAGAACCUAAAAAGAGCAGUUCCUUGUUGCUGGAGUCUCUUGAGACAAUAACCAAAGCCCUUCAAGAAGACUCUUUAACCAUCACCACUCCCUUGAUACUGCUCAACAAAACUACUUUUACAGACACUUUCAAUGGCAACUUUAACUCAUCUGUCAUAGUGGACAUCCCAAAACAUGAAGGAGGAAAGAAGUCUCUAACUGUAAUAACAUUUUCUUCCAUGGAUACUGUGCUCCUUCCAAGAAGCAAAGAUAAUUCCUCUACUGAUGUCCUCAAUGGCAAGAUUGUGCUCAUUCAGUCUAGUGAAUUAGUCAACAAUAUUUCCAUAACCUUCAACACUUCCAAUGAUACUCUUGGGAAUCCAAAGUGCGUGUUUUGGAAUUUCCGCCUCUUUGAUGGUCUUGGAGGAUGGGACGAUGAGGGAUGCCUCUUUGUAAACCAGAAGACAGGCACGGUCAGCUGCAACUGCAACCAUCUCACCUCGUUCUCCAUCCUCAUGUCACCUUCUGCUCCUAAUAUUCCCGCGCUGACAUACAUCACAUAUUGUGGACUUGCCAUAUCCAUGAUCUCUCUGAUUAUUUGUCUGAUCAUUGAAGCCAUAGUUUGGGGCGAAAUAAGGAAUCACAGCACAUCCUUCCUGAGGCAUGUUUCUUCUAUAAAUAUUGCUUUGUCUCUACUGAUUGCAGAUAUUUGGUUUAUUAUCGGAGCAGGGAAAUUAGAAUCUCAAUCUGCCUGCCUGGCAGUGACCUUCUUCAUCCACUUCUUCUACCUCGCCAUGUUCUUUUGGAUGUUGGCUGCAGCUCUGUUGUUGUUCAGUCGCACCAUUUUGGUCUUAAGUCAGGGUUUGUCCGACAGGACUAUGGUGGGCAUUGGCUUCACUCUCGGAUACGGUGCUCCUCUCAUCAUUGCAGCGAUAACUAUAGGUGUAACCGUCCCUUCUAAGAAUUACAUUCAAGAAAAAGAUGUCUGCUGGCUCCGCUGGAAGGAGUCUCGAACACUGCUGGCAUUUGUGAUUCCUGCGUUGGCAAUAGUGUUGAUUAACCUUGUAAUCCUGGUUACAGUGCUCUUCCAAAUUUUGAGAAGCAGGUUGCGGGUGAAUGCUGCUCAAGCUGAUGAGAAACACAUCCUAUUGGUCAUUGCCAAGAGUGUUGCUGUGCUCACACCACUUUUUGGAUUAACUUGGGGCUUGGGAGUAGGAACCAUGCUUGACCCGAAUAAUAAAGGACUUCAUAUUGCAUUUGCAUUCUUCAAUUCUUUACAGGUACAUUUGAGACUUGUUACAAUUUUUUUCUUCACACUUGCAGCACAUUUUCUUUUGGCUUUCUUGUUUACUAAAUUAUGCUUUUCUGUACCUUUGAAGGGUUUCUUCAUUUUGGUAUUUGGGACACUGUUGGACAAAAAGGUACAUAUGCCUAAACAUAAAAUGUAUUCUUAA